AUGUACGAUGAAAAUGGGAAAAAAACACGCUUUAGAUUUUUUACAUUUCCAAAGGAUGAAAUGCUUCGUAGAAUUUGGGAAAACCGUGUGGCGAGAAAGUCGGGAAAAGACGGUUUCCGUAUAACCAAGGCAACUGUGGUUUGCAACGUCCAUUUUCGAACAGAUGACAUAUUGCGUGUUCCAGGGGGAAGUCGGUUAGAUUUAAGGAAAGGAGCAGUCCCACUGAAAUGGAAUGAAAGACCCAAGGAAAAAGAAAAAAAAAGAACCGCUCCACGACAACGAGAAACAUCACUGAACGUAAACAAGUCACCGCCAAAAAGCUCGAACCAGGAUCACUCAGUCAAAAAAUUUUCAACGACGUCAGAGAUAGUACAGGUGGGAAAUGCGAACGUCGAUUCACUUCUUAUCUUAGCGUCAAAAGCUCUGUGUAAACUUAAUAACGAGCUAGCUGAGAAAGUUAAACUUCUUACUAGUAAUGAGGACAAAAGUCCAAUUUUUUCUGUGAAUAAUCUGGCCGAUGAUGAAAAAUGUAAGCAUUAUACUGGUUUCCCCAACUAUGCAGUGUUUAUUGCAGUGUUUGAUUUGUUAAAACCUGGUAUGAAUGGUGAGAAUGUCAAGCUUGUGUCAGCUCCCAAUGCUCACACAGGUCGUGGACGUAGACGACCGCUCAGUGGCAAAGAGCAGUUUCUCUUAACACUGAUGAGGUUACGGAGAGGCUUCUCCACGGAACAUCUGGAGUGGUUGUUUAGAAUUGACAAAAGUACAGUCAGCCGAAUAUUUGUCAGUUGGGUGAAUUUUAUUUACCUUCGUCUGUCAGCAAUUCCAAUAUGGCCAACAAGGGAACAAGUUGAUCAAACUAUGCCCCAAACCUUUAAAGACAGUUUCCCUAAGACACGUGUUAUCAUAGACUGCACUGAGUUCUACUGUGAAGCUCCCGCAUCACUAGAACUAAAAGGGAACAUGUAUUCUGACUAUAAGGGUAGGGAGACCUAUAAGACCCUUGUAGGAAUUACUCCUGCUGGAAGUGUGUCUUUUGUUUCCCAGCUUUAUUAUGGCAGUUUAUCUGACUGA